AUGCCAGCGGUUGGAGUACGAGGGCAGAUCCGAAAAUGCAGGACGAUAAAGCCAUACGAGACACAGCAUAGAUUGAAAUAUGAGAGGCCAAGAGGCCAUCAGGCCAGCGCAACCUUGAGGAAACACAGCACAACAACAAUCAGAUGCCUGUCAUGUACCGAAAGAGAGGCGGUCAAGGAUCCGAAACGUUCUGUGAGUGACGAUCGGGAACCGCUUGUUUCACUGGUAUAUGGCCGAAAAUGGAUUAUCCCGGCAUCUUUUGUUGCCGAGACGAGCAUGCGCGCCCGGGACAAGGACAACUUUCGCUGGAGAUCUGUGCCACCAGAAGAUCGGAUGGGUGACAGCAGCGCUGCCGUGUCGUGUCAUGCCGUGAUGUAUGUCUCUGGUGUCGUAACCCCCCAAGAAGAUGUUUGGUUGAGUAAGGGAGUUAGUUGGCCCGGCCCACUGGCGGACGGCCUGUUAUGGACUGCCCCGUCCUGCUGCGUCAGGGUGUUACAAUGGAGUGGCAAGAUCUCGCGCAAGCAAAUCGAAAACCUGAGGAGUGUCGUUGAAAUCGAAAGGGAGGGAAAGAAGCAUGACGCUUGUCUCGCUUGA